UUUGAAUCCACCCAAUGACCUGAAGAUGAUACAUCCCAACAUGCCAGCAAUAAAGAAGAAUCGAAAGCCCACUACACGAGUAAGAGAUCCAGCCACUGGUCGCUUUAGGGGCAUCGCUGUGCAACCAGUUGUCGUUUUACCACCCUGUUGCUCAGUACCACAGCUGCAGGACCUCGCAGCAGUUCCCGUUGAGCCGGUAAUAAAGAUCGAGCCACAAGAGGAGGAAGUUGACUGGAAGGCCGAGUAUUGGAGGUGGAGAGAUAAAUACACUGUGCUGAAGCGACUAACGAAAGUAUCGGAGGCGGUUUUUAAAGGACGCGAAGAUAUGUUGAAGGAAUACAGAGAAAUAAAUGAGGAACACAAACACAUGAUUGGGCGCUUGGAAGCUGCCCAGGAGUUGCACAACAUCAAAAUCGACGAAUUGAAUCUUGAGGUAGAAAGCCUGCAAAGAUGUCUGUCGAAUACCGGGAAACGCAAAUGGACGGACCAGAUCAAAAAUAAUUUUGCACGCAAGUGGCCGAAUCGACGUAAAGCGGGAUACACGCAGGUCAAGGUCUUGAUGGUACGCUGGGAAUCGGAUGAUCUGGGCGUGUCUGAUGAAAUCAAUUCUCUUGCGGAAGUCCUUCAAGGAUCUUAUUAUUUCGAUGUAUCAAAAUACAAUAUUCCCGACAAGGACUCACUGAGCGUUCUAUCAACUCGAGUUAUCGAUUUCAUUGGAGACAGUUCACCAGACACGCUUCUCAUCUUCUAUUAUGCAGGGCAUGGCGGGCUGCACGACACAAGGAGCCACCUCUCCGGUCGCCGUGGCAUCCAGGCCUUCUUCGAACAAUCUGGAUCUGACGCACUUCUAAUCUACGACGCCUGUCACUCCGCCGAGACUGCAAUAUCAAUAGAUUCCCGUUUCCCUCGAAGUAUCACCGAACUCAUCGCAGCAUGCGGUUUCCAAACAGCUGCUCCUGGCGUGGGAGACCAUUCCCUCACUCACACCCUCACCAAGGAGCUUCGCCAUCUCCGCAAAGGAGAUCGCCCAUUUUCCGUGUCAGAAUUAUUUAGCAGGGUGCUCACAAGGCUGAAACAUACGCCUUCUCGGGAGGAUAGGACAACACCUGUUCAUACCACUCUCACUUGGGAGGCGAGCGGGAGAUGCAUUAUGCUCGAACCUCUGAUACAUAUCCCAAGUCCUCGCGAAUAUCCACCUGACACAAUGCCGCUAGCACUGUUUCUGGACACUCAAGGAGAACUCGACACUGCAGAAUACGAAAAAUGGAUUUCAAAUGCCCCACCCAGUGUCUCGAAUCAAAACUGGGGGCAACGCGUACCUUCGAGCAGCAAUGCUCGUAGGAGGCUAAUGGAGCAAGAGCCGAGAAUCAAGCAGGAGAGGACUUGGUAGAUUGGAAAUUCCGGUCCACACUGAUUAUGGGAAUGCUCAGGGUAUUAGUGACAUCUUUUCCUCGGUUUCAUACCUUUCUGGGGGGGAAGGUUGAUGACUUAGGACAAUCAUGAAUAAUCCAUUGC